AUGUUCAACGACCCUUUCUUCUCUGCCUUCCCAACCUCGACCUCGUUGAACACACCUGCUGUAGACGUGAGCGAAGAGCCGAACGCGUUUGUGGUAGAAGCGGAGUUGCCGGGUGUGAAGAAGGAGAACCUAGAGUUGAGAGACAACUUACUAACUCAACCUUUACAACAAACAGACGACGCCCGUGCAGUUACCCAGCAGCAAAACGAAUCAACCCAACUCUCUACCGAACGUACAUUCAGCAGCGCCUCCCAAUUCUCUCGUACAAUCUGGCUUCCGCGCCGUGUAGACGGAUCAGGUGUCUUUGCUAAACUCGAGGAUGGAAUCUUGAGAGUCAGGGUUCCCAAGGCGGAGGACCAGGAGAGUGUUAAAGUUAAUAUCGAGUGA